GACAAUCUUCUCCAGAGUAAGUCUGCUCACAUUACACUUCUGUCAGUCCAACAAAAUGUGUUUAGCGACACGCCGUUUAUGUUAAUCUCUCGUGAUUAUGAGCAGAAAGUAUGAAAAGACGUCCACUGAUGUUGAGUGGGUACAGAAACCUCUCUUGGACCUUUUUAUCACUCAGUCAUAAAAGACUUUGCACAAGCAAGAUUUUAAACUCUCAGACUGCACUCUCCUCCUCCGCCUCUUCAUCAUCUUCAUCUGUCCUUUCAUUUCUCCCCUCACCUACUCGGAGUCCCCGAUUCUUUGCAAACGGACAAAUCUCAGCACUAUCGCAUCCAUCCCCACAUUUUUCUUCCACCCGGCACGUGUCUUGUUCUGCUCCUCUCACUGGUGCGAUGGAGUUGAGGGAUGUUUUGCAGGUGCUGGAGCAGCUUGCUCCUCUGUCACUCGCUGAAUCGUGGGAUAAUGUCGGCUUGCUGGUCGAACCAAGCAAAUCUCGACCCAUUAAAACCAUCCUGCUAACCAACGACCUCACCGACGCCGUCAUGGAGGAAGCGGAGGCCAUGAGCUGUAAUCUCAUUAUUUCAUAUCACCCACCGUUGUUUCGGUCAAUCAAGCGACUUGUUCAGAAAGACUGGAAGCAGCGAUUGGCCAUCCGAGCCAUCGAGGCAGGGAUAGCAAUCUUCUCGCCUCACACUUCAUGGGAUAGUGUCAAAGGAGGAGUGAAUGACUGGCUGGUCGGAGGCCUUGGCAGCGGUAAGGUGUCUGUGCUAAGUCAGGCCAUUGGUAGCAUGUCCCACAGUCACAAACUGGAAUUCAUGGCUAAAAGCAAAGAGGAACUGAAUGCCGUCCUGGAGGAACUGAAGGCUUGUGAGAGUGAAGCAACCCAGCUACAUUUAAGAAGCAGCUCAGACAGCAGCGGCAUCCACGUCAGCACCAGCUGCAGUGACUCAACACUGACCCCUAGCGUCCAGACUCUGCUACGACAUGCUUCUGCCAGCCAGUCCCUCAGCAUCCUGAAGCUAGAAAAGCCGCCUCUACCAGGCCACGGCCAAGGCCGACUCAGUGUUUUGGAUGAACCGGUAACCGUGGCAGCAGCCGUCCAGAAAAUGAAAUCCCACUUGGGUUUAAGUCAUCUACGGCUGGCUCUGGGAUCUGGGAAGACUUUAGAGUCUUCUGUGAGCUCUGUGGCUGUAUGUGCAGGCUCUGGGGCCUCAGUGCUGAAUGGAGUCAAGGCAGACCUCCACAUCACAGGAGAGAUGUCCCACCAUGAGGUGCUGGAUGCAGUGGCGAGGGGAACCAGUGUCAUCCUCAGCGACCACAGCAACAGUGAGCGCGGCUUCCUGGCCGUGUUCAGGGAGCGGCUGGCUGUGCGUCUUCCUGAAACCGUAACGGUGGUGGUGUCGGCGGCAGACAGAGAUCCUCUGCAGGUUGUCUGAAAGACUGAUUUGCAGUUGCACUUGUUGGUCUGUUUGAAUAAAAUGUCAUUGUGUUGACUGAAUUGAUCUAAACUGAUGUGUGCAAGAUGUUUAAGAAAAUAUGCAGCAUUACGUGGAGUUUCUGUGUUAUCUACUGAUUGUAAUAACACAGUAAGUUGCUGCCUCUGUACAUUAUUUAAAUGUUUAUCUACUGAGGCCUUAAUAAAAAUAGAUCCCGGCUGAUUGAAAUUGAUUUUGAGACUGCAUAUAAUCAGCUUAUGUAAAUGGAAAAGCUGAAAGGGAAGGAUGUAAUCUGUAAUAUAAAUGCAUAUGCCCUGUGAAAUAAAUGAAUCAGUUCAGGUAUGUGAGGCCUCAUCCUUUUGGUUUGGCUUGAAAAUAAUUGAGGAUCCAAAAAAAAUUUUUUAAAGGGAACUGUUUGUAGGAAGCGUAAUGAUAAAGAAAUCUGAUCAGAUUAAAAGGCUUGUUUCAUCAUAGACAUGUAGGAAAUCUGUAAUCUCCUGGUCUGCAGGAAGUGUUAGAGCAGCAGGAAAUCAGCAGCAGUCUGAGUCAACCAUGAGGGAUUUAAAACGAAAUGAAAAACGCUGGACUGUAUUAUCUCCCAUACGUUUUUAUAGGUGGACCUUAAGACCUCACUGAGCAAACUUAUGUAGACAUCAAUCCAUUUUGCACAUGAGUGCCAAAGCCCAGGCCUGCGGUGAUGCUUGAUGCUCUGCUAACGGCCCUCCCCUCCCCCAGUGCAGCAGUGACAGAGGCCAAACUAGAGCAAAGCUCCCCAUCGUUGCCCUUUACAGAGUCUUGUGGCCGCGGCGCACCUGUCUGUUCGUAAAAACAUUAGGAGACAUCACACACCUCGCUGCCUCCAUCAAGCUAACGGCCCUUCUCUCAGCAUGCCCCUUCACACCUCCACUUCCCCUCGACCCUCACUUGCUUUCAUCCCCACCGACAAACACAAAUGGAGAAGGAAAACAACAACUACAACAACAUGUAGCCUUCGUUCGUGUAAACCGACUCCAGCUGUCACGUUUAUGCUGCCCGGGUGCCUGAAAGCAGGUAGUUUGGGGGGGCUGGUUAGGCUUUUUUGCCUGCAGACAAUCUUACAACUGUCAUGUUUUAGGUCAAUCAUUUAUUUUUGUCUUUUUUUUUAGUUAAUCUAAUAAACAUUAUACUCAUCAAAUGA